AGAGAAAGUCGGGGGCUGCUCCACACAGGGGCUUCACAGAAGGGCAGAGCGGGACAAGAAGAGGGCUGGGCUAUGGCAACCUCGAGCCUCCGCCUUCCCUGCAUCGAUGUGUGUGAGUAUUUGAUGUUUCCCCGAGCGGUUACAUUCUUUACCCAACAGUCGGUCGCGGAGCUUCAAGUAGGGAGCGAACAGCAGGCAAACGAGAGUGUGUCACAACUUCACAGACGUUUCAGGACAGAUUGGGUUCUCGGUGCCUCUCCCAUGCCUGAGCCAGGAUCGCCACGGCGGAGUCCGCAAGGUGUCCCCUACACCGACCUAAAGCAUAUCGUCAACGCCGACGGACAGCACUUGUUUUGCCGCUACUGGGAGCCGGAGGGCCCGCCAAGGGCUCUGGUCUUCGUGGCUCAUGGCGCAGGAGAGCAUUGUGGGCCGUAUGAUGAGAUCGCUCAAACCCUGAAGGACCAAUCCCUGCUGGUGUUCGCUCAUGACCAUGUCGGUCAUGGCCAGAGUGAGGGUGACAGGAUGAACAUAAAGGACUUCCAGGUGUUCGUUAGAGACUCCCUGCAGCACGUCGACCUGAUGAAGGCUCGCCACCCCGACCUGCCUGUCUUCAUCGUGGGACACUCCAUGGGAGGAGCCAUCUCCAUUCUGACGGCGUGCGAGCGGCCUAGCGACUUUGCGGGCGUGGUUCUGAUCGCCCCCAUGGUCCAGAUGAACCCGGACUCGGCCACGCCCUUCAAAGUGUUCCUGGCCAAAGUUCUGAACCACAUGCUACCCAGCCUGUCUCUGGGCAGCAUAGACUCAAAGUGGGUCUCACGGGACCAGAAACAGGUGGAGGCGUAUGAUGCUGACGAGCUGAACUUCCAUGGCGGGAUGCGCGUGUCGUUCGGGAUGCAGCUGAUGGGUGCAGCCGCUCGCAUCGAGAGACACAUACCCGACAUCACCUGGCCCUUCCUGCUUCUCCACGGCAACGCUGACAAGCUGUGUGACAUCCGAGGGUCCCGGAUGAUGUACGAGAAGGCCCAGAGCCCUGACAAGGAACUCAAGGUGUAUGAGGGAGGGUACCACGCCCUCCACCAUGAUCUCCCUGAGGUGGCCACCUCCGUGCUGAAGGAGACAACUUCCUGGAUCCUCCAACACAUCCCUGCCCCCCCGCCUCAGGGCUCCUAGACCCAAGCCCCCCCCCCCCCCUCUCUGUGUGCUGUCUGAGCCAAUCAUUGGUAUUGUAGCCACCCUCCUCCAGCUGUACAGUUUUCCGUCAGGGAGGAUUGGGAAGAGGGUAUACUCAAUGUCUAUGAUCGAUUAGGGAAAACGCUGAGUCUGUCUCACACCAAUGCCCCUGCUGCACACAGUCACAGAAGUGGGGCAUGAAGGGUUCAGAGGGAUGUCAAGAGGCCUACAGGUUACUUAUAGGUGACCCCUGACCUUGAGGGCCCUGCCCUGCCCAGCUCUCCUCUACUCUGCAGUUGUGUAAUGAGCGUGUGUGUGUGUGUUAGAGAGUGAGAGUGAACCCUCCCUUCCAGCUUAAAGGCCAUUCUUCUCAAAUCAUACCUUAUUCCUACAAAGGUUAUCACAGUGAAUAUGUCUUACAUGUAACCACACCAAGGGACCUCAUGUCUCGCCAUGGUUACUUGUGUAACCAUGGUGGUCAUCAGCAAUGACAACAGAAUGGGUAACCCCUCCCCCCCCCCCCAUGGGCUGCUGUUCAUUCCCUUUUGUGCGUUGCCGUGGAGCAGCCUAUCCUUUGUUCUGCCUCAGUAUCUCAGAUCCUCUGUUCUCAGGCUCUGAACAUCUCACCUACGCCCCAAGAAUGCUAGCCGUGCUGCCCCUGGUGGCUGUCUGGCAGAACUGCAGCUUCACACACACCCGCCAAGCGAAGCUGCUGGUUUCCAUGGCAGCAACUCAAGAAGAGCCUGCAAUGACGGCCAUUAAACAAGUAGGGUUCCAGAGAGCACACCACAGGGCUCCCUGUGUGUUUGAUGAAGGGACACACAAUCACUCUGCUCCAGACACGACUAUGUAACCAUAGCAUUCUUGAAGAAUCGAUGCGUUGUCAUGAAAUGUCAAUGUGACCAUCUCCCUCCUGUCGGCUACAGAGGAAGUUCUCUACAGAUAGAGUGUAACUGUUGGGGGUGGGGGGGGGUUUGUGAAAUUGACCUCCGAGUCAAACAAGGCCAUCCUUGGGGGGUGUCAUUCGAUAGGCCAGUGGUUUGUGAAUAGACCAUUGUUUGUAACUUGACUCAUGACUGUUUCUAAGACAAGGACAGUGUUCUAGUGGGGCUAUAAAACAUGGCUGUGUCUCUAGACAUAACUAGACAUCUCUCUAAACAUAGCUUCGACUGCUCCUAUUUGCAGAAUGUUCACAUCUUUGGUAAAACUGAUAGAACUAUCAGCAUUUUCACAGUUGAUAAGGAUUGGAAUUGUAACUGUGGGUUUGUAACUGAAACCACAAGUCUGUCCGAUAACCCACCUUGAUAUCAGAGUCUGCCUGAUGGAUCCAUCUUUUAAUCACAUUUAUAUUGCAUUGUAAUAUAGCAGAAGCAUGAGGUGGAGCAUGAUUGGAAUUAUUAUUCUAUAAAAACUUUUUAUCUUUUGAUCUUGACUACAGCAUUUUCUAGAGAUAUUCUCUUUUUAAGCACAAAUGAAGGCUUGAGUAUGAAAAGGCCUUUUUAUACCUUAGCUAAGUUACUUAACAAUACCUUUUACCAUCAUCAGGACUAAUACCUGAUUUCUGAAAAUGUACAGUACAGUGAACACCUGAUUUUCUGUUUCGGUUGAGACUUGUGUUUUUUAUGUCAAUAAGCAAGUGAAGUGUGAUCUGUGUUUUACCUUUACAAACUUGUUUCAGCUGAAACUAAAGGUUGUCAUUUUCUCAUGCUAAAGUGGAUUGUGUGUGUGUGUGUGUGUGUGUGCUUGCGAGAGAGAGAGAAAGAAAGAGAGAGAGAGAAUAACACACCCAGGACAUCUUUAGGCUCUCUAUGAUAUGAACCAGUGUGAGCCUUGUAUUAAUUGGCCCUGGUAUGUGUUUUUGUGCUGCUGUGUGCCUUAUUCCAGUGACUCUGGUUAGGCCAGGUUUCUCUGGACAUACGUCACCAGAAUGAGGAUGAGGUGCUGUGGAUGCUGUCUAAUUGGCCCUGUAUGAUCAUUUGUUUCCUGCCUCCCGUCCCCCUUGAUAAAGAUAAGGCAUUGUUUUGGCCAGAUGUGAUGUGAAGAUGCUGUGAGUAUUUAAACCGGACCUGGGUGGUUGCACUACAUUUUGACAUAACCCCAACCAUGAUCAGAAAGAGUUUGAUUCAAUACCUCAAGUUUUUCAUUUUUAAAUUGCAGAGAUUAUAACAGAGCGAUGUUGGAAACACUGUUUGAUAAACUGUUUGAUAAACUUGUUGUUUGUUUUAUGAAUGUUUUAACAAACUUAAUAUGUUUAUAUAAGAUGUAGAUAUAUUAUACUUACUUGUGACCACUGUCAAACAUACCGCUACAUAGAAAAAAUGUGUUCAAGAGCACAAUCCUACUGUUACUUAAAUAAACAAUGACUGUUAAACUUAA